AAAAUGGCCACCUACUUCAAAAUACGGGGAGGAGAUCGCCCACUUUGAGGUGUUUUAGAACUCACUGGACGCCGUUUGGCACCAUUCUCGCGUCUAGGGAGACCUCAUUUACCAAGCCAACAUCGACCGUGGUCGUUUUAUCACCGGCAAGCGGGAAAAGGUGCAUUGGUCCAACCGGUAAGCUUUUUGGCUCCCAAAGUUGCACGUUCGGCAGGACAUUCAUGGGCGUGGUGAACGAGCGGUGUCCCGACUCGUCCAAGCCUCGAGUAUGAGUGAAGAGCCAUCUUCUGACUCACGAGGAAUAGCCAAGAGUCUCAGAGGCCAGAAGCCACCCUACGUGUGUCCUCACUGCUCGAGGGAGUACCAAAGUCACACUGGGAUCAUGUACCACAUCGGCCAAUUCGGUCCUCCCUCCAAAAUCCCUCGGUGUCUUGCAGAGCCUGGUUCCUCGGCAGCCUCCAGCCCACGAGGACCUGCAUGUGGGACUGCACCACCAUCGCCUGCUACCGGUUGCAUAAGGAAAGCAGCCAAGGUACCGCGACGAGACCUCACUUGGGCCGAAGCGCAGCAGAUCGUGGAGUUUGAUUUCGACACUUGCUACCAGCGGCUCGAAAUUGACACAGAGGUUGAGAUAGAGAGACAGAGCACAGAGGAGGAUGUGCCGGGGGGCAAAAAGAAGGGGUCCGGAGCCAAGACCCCUCAGAAGAGGGGCCAGGGGUUGACCCCGCAACGGAGAUCGGGGAAAAAUAAAGGGAAGAGGAAAUCGAAACUGAAGACGCCGGGGAAGGGAGACAUUGUUCCUCUACCAGUAGCUGAUGUUCAAGUCUUGGAAGGAGUGGAGUCUCCUGAUGCCCCGCCCCGCUCAAACUCGUUUUACCGGUUUGUCGAGACGAGCGCCGAGGACCUUGACGAGUUGGUGGAGUACGAUAUCGACGAAGAGGAUUCGCAGUGGCUCCAACUGGUUAAUGAGGAUCGCAAACAACAGGGGCUGACCGCCGUCCCCCAGGAAGCAUUUGAGAUUCUCAUGGAUCGAUUGGAGAAGGAGUGUUUCUUCGAGAGCCGGACAACGGGAGACACGAACGACAUCUCCAUGUACAACAUCGACGAGAACGCAGUCUGCGUCAUUUGCAACGACGGAGAGUGCCACAAUACGAACGCCAUUCUGUUCUGCGACAUGUGCAACCUGGCCAUCCACCAGGAGUGCUACGGGGUCCCUUACAUUCCCGAGGGACAGUGGCUCUGCAGGCGAUGUCUCCAGUCGCCCUCGCGCAGCGUCGACUGCAUAUUAUGUCCGAGUAAGGGAGGAGCUUUCAAACAGACGCUGGAUGGUCGGUGGGCCCACGUCGUCUGUGCCGUGUGGAUCCCCGAAGUUCAGUUUGCCAAUCCUGUCUUUCUCGAGCCGAUCGACGGAAUCAAGGAGAUCCCGAUGGCUCGUUGGAAACUCACCUGCCAGGUAUGCCGGAGGAGAAUGGGCGCGUGCAUCCAGUGUGCCAAGCAGAACUGCUACGUCGCGUUCCACGUCACGUGUGCCCAGCAGGGCGGGCUCCAGAUGAAGGUCGAAGUUCAGAAAAACGGAGAGGUUGGAGAGAAGAAAGGCAUGGAGGAGAAGAAAUCUUCAGCUCUACCAGUUGUCAAUAUUCCAUAUGUACCACAGCACCGUCUGGACCGUAUCAUUGGUCGCGUGAGCCUCCACAAAAAGUCUCAGUUUAUUCCAAAGCUGGUCGGGUUCUGGAAGCUGAAGCGACAGUCUCGGAACGGAGUCCCGCUACUCAGGAGGAUGCAGGCCAGCAACCAUGGCCAGCGUACAGCAACUAACCUGACGGAGGAAGAGAGAGAGGUUCUGUCUCAGCAGCUGUCGCAGUGGAAGACUCUGAGACACGACCUGGAGAGAGCCAGGCUCCUGGCAGAACUGGUCAGGAAGAGAGAGAAACUGAAACGAGAACAGCUGCGGAUGCUCCAGCAGACCAACGAACUCCAGCUCUGCCCCCUCAACACAGUCAUGAAGAGAAUCCUCGACAACCUCUCCAGAAAAGACCCAGCCGACAUCUUCGCUGAAACUGUCAACGUUGAAGAGGUUCCGGACUACCUCGACGUGAUAUCUCAACCGAUGGACUUUGGGACGAUGAGGAAGAGGGUCGACUCCCAUCAUUAUCAGAGUCUGGACGAGUUUGAGAGCGAUUUCUACCUCGUCUGGCACAACGCGACCGUCUACAACGCCAAGGACACCAUCUACUAUCGAGCUGCCAUCAGGAUUAAAGACGCCGGAGAGAAGAUCCUGCAGCAGGCGAGGGAGCAGGUUGAGACGGCAGGGAUCAGCCCCGGCACCGGUCUCCAUGAUCCUGACGUGGCCGAACCUCCUCCCCUCACUCCCUCCACUCUCGCCAAGACCGUCUCUCUCUCGGAGGGCAUCCUCGACAAUGAAGACUUUGAGGAGGCGAUGGAGGAAGACGUGAAGAAGUUCCGCGAUCGUCUCCCGAGUGCCACGCUCGACGAGCAGAUCGAAUACCUCGAAGAGAAGCUGGAGAUCAUACAGGGGCAGUAUACUGGAUACACGCUGAAGAGGAAGGAGAAGAACUUGAGACAGCAGCUGAACGCAGUUCGAAGGCAACUCCGACUGCAGAGACCUCGAACAUCAGAUUCAGACGACACGGCAUCGUCUCCUCGUCGGCCCCCUCCCUCCGCGGCACCUCGCAACGCAGAGGAACUCGCUAGUCACGUGCUCCACGGCUCGCUUCGCCUCACUCCCUCUCGCCAGCAGAUCCUCUCCCACUCCGGCAUCAGUCUCCCGGACGGCCCUCCGCAACUCCUCGACGAACGGAGCGGGAAAGACGAGUGUCUGCGUGCGGCGAGCGUCGGUAAAGAAGACAACCGGAGCGAGGAGGGAGAGGAGAGGGAGGGAGUGGCGAUGAGGAAAGGAAGAAGAAACAGAGUGUUGGGAAGAGGGGAGAAGGGGAGUAAGGAAAUUGACGGAAAGUCUGGAAUCGAACCUUCAAAUGGAGUACAGUUGAAAAAAGCGAGUGAAACGUACGUCCAGCAAAUCAAGAAGCGUGCGCACAAGAUCCAGAAACAGAAGGUCCAGAGACUUGCUGCUGCAGCUGCCGGCCAAACACGAGAUAGGAGAUCGGGGAGAACGAAAACGGCCACGGUAAAAGCUUUAGAGGCGGCAAAACAGCAACAAAACGACGUCCCGCCCUCUCCGCUUUCUGACACUCUCCAGAGCACGAGAAGAAGAUUAAGAGGGUCUUACUCGUCAACGAGAAGCUGUUACGGGAGCUCUUCCUCGAUAGUCGACUUCACAACCGGCGGUGGUGUGGAGUUUUCCAACGAAGAUCGCGUCCUUCUCUCCCCGCUGUCAGACUCUGGACUCUACCACAGUAGACACCAGAAACUCGACACGCUGAGUGUCCCGAGCGCCAGCAGUCUAGACGACCUCACAGUGAAGUCACCUCUCCAGCCACUGAGACAACACGACAGGAACAGACGACACGUAAAGAACUCAUCGCAGCAGCAGUCCGCAGGGGGAGAGGGGGUCGGCGAGCACGCAGUGGGGGAGAGGACUGGCGAAGGAGGAGGAGGAGGAGGAGAAGGGGUGGAAGGUGGGGGAGUGGGGAGAGGAAAGGGGGGAGAGAGAAGGAGGAGAGACAGAAAGAGGGCGAGGACGAGGAGAGGGGAAGGGGGAAGCACGGCGAGGAAGAGAAGGAAGAUGGGGGAGAAGAAGGCUGCAACGGUGAUGAAUGGGGUGGUGAACGGUGCACCAGAGUACAAGGUGGUUCUGUGGGACUUGGUUUGGGCCAAAUGUCGCGGCUACCCUCCCUACCCUGCUCUGGUCGUAGACCCGGGGAUGUCUAGGAAAGGUCUGAUUGUCAACGGAGAGAGGAUCCAUCCUCCGUCGCAAGAGGUGCUAGAGAUUCAGAAGAAGAUGCCCGGAGCUCCUCACCUCGUCCGCUUCUUUGAUGGGAAACGCUCGUGGCAGUGGUUACCGGAGGAGAAAAUAGAGCGUCUCGGGGAAACUCCAGAGCAGGAUUCGAUCAAAAUCUCGAUGAGCGGUCACAGCAAGCGCUCGGUCCUCCAGGCCUUCCAGCGGGCCAAGCAGUACCAGAAGAAAGUUGAGAGCAGAGCCUACCCCCACAUUGUGGAAAAUGACAGUGAAACUGAUGAUUCGGACAGCUAGUAUUCAAUAGACGAUGCGUUCUGCUUGUUGUUCCCGACCACUGUCAAUUGUUUUUUUCGUGUACAUGUCCAAUCACACACCCGAAGUAUACCCUCUGACUACCUCGUGCAUCAUACUAUCAUAUCGCUAUAUUACUAUUGCUGUACCUCUCACUCCACCACCUAUACAUUCAUCAACCCUGGCCUUUUGUGUAUCACACGUUACGUUUCUCUCCUUGGUGAAAAUAAUUCCACACCUGCACCACCGAAGUAC